AUGACAUCAAAGAUUGACGCAAGUCAAAUAGAAAAUUUUGAUGAUAUAGAAAAACAGUUUGCUGUUAAAGCAGUACAGCAUGCACAAGUCUAUUGGAAUUUACUAACACAGACAAAAGGCAGUACUUUGCGUCUUACUAAGAUUGAUGAUGAAAUAUAUAACCAUUUCGUUAGCACUUUUCCAGAAUACUCUUCUUCUGAAUCAGUUUCUUUGAUUGAUGAAGAUAAAAUGAAAUCUCCUGAGGGUAAAACAAAAUGGCGUGAAUUCAUGAUGGCCUAUGAAAAUAAGAUUGAUAAUUUUAACUUUGGAACAUUAUUAAGAACAGAUUCUCAUAAAGAAUACGAAGAAAAAACUACUAUUUUUGUCCCUAGGAUACAGUUUUAUACAAUCGAAAUUGCACGUAAUCGACACGGACUUAAUGAUUGGAUUUAUGAAAUACAUAAAUCUGGCUAA